AUGUCUUCUUCGGAGACGUCUUGUGCGCCCGACCCAACCUUGGACGGUUCUACAGAUGAGAAGAGCGCUGCGACUCCGGUAAUCCAUUUUGCGGACCAGGCUCACUUCCCCCGGCGGAGCGAAGAUGGCCCCGUUCCCGAGACCAACACUCUCGAUCAUGGCAUCGCCUUCACGUCUGCGCACUCGUUCGGCGUCUACAGUGCACGGGGCCGGUCAGUGGACCAUCGCCGCUCCUCUAUCAAGAAUAGUGGAGUCGUCGACGAGGAGGCGCUGCACCACCCGGCAGACGUCAAGCAAAAACAGACUUUUACCAAGAAGCAACUCUUCUUUCUAGCAUACCAGAGCAUUGGGAUCAUAUACGGAGAUAUCGGCACCUCUCCUCUCUACGUUUUCUCGUCCACCUUCACCGAUCCGAACAUCUCUCCAUCCCGGUAUGUCCCAGCGCCCUCGUACAGGCACGCACUGGCUGACCUCACUUCAGGGCAGACAUUAUCGGUGUCCUCUCUCUUAUCAUCUGGUCUCUACUCCUGAUCGUCACACUGAAAUACGUCGUCAUCAUUCUGAACGCCGACAAUGAGGGAGAGGGCGGCACAUUUUCCUGCUACUCACUUCUGUCCCGUUAUGCCAACAUCACCAACAGAGACCCACGGGAAAAGGCUCUUGUCCGUAUCGAUCGACAUCUUACCAACGAUCUCUCACCGGGAAACAAGCGCCUCCGCGACGUUCUCGAGAACAGCAAGAUCUUCAAAGGCAUUCUGAAAGCGAUGGGCGUUUACGCCGUUUCCAUGGUAUGUCAAAUCUUUUUCUAUUGUCUUUUUUGAAGCGGAGUGAGUGGCAGCAGCAGCAGCAGCAGCAGCAGCGGGAGAGACGAAGCACGGCAGAUCGAGCACAGCAGCAGAGGAAGAUAUUUCCAAGGCACAGUAGCGGAUUUGAUCCUCGGGCAGCACUGGCUGUCUUUGCAGAAACACUGGGGAUGGGGCAAGCUGCCUAAAUUCAUACUGACAGUCGCAGGUUAUGUCCGAUGGUGUUCUCACUCCCGCCCAGUCAGUGCUCGGUGCUGUCCAAGGCAUUUCACUGGCCGCUGGUACCCCUGAGAAUCCAGUUAACAUCAGCAAUGGUGUGAUCGUCGGCACCACUUGCGCAAUCCUGGUUCUUCUGUUCAUGAUUCAGCCACUGGGCACUACCCGAAUCGGCGUCACAUUUGCGCCUAUCAUUAUGAUGUGGCUCAUGUUACUGGCGUGCUUCGGUAUCUACAACAUCGUCAAAUGGGAUGCAGGAGUCUUCGUGGCCUUUAACCCUGGAGAGGCAUUCGGCUACCUGAUCAGAAACGGCGAGGCGGGUUGGCGUAGCCUCGGUGGUGUGUUACUUGCCUUCACAGGAGUCGAAGCUCUCUUCGCCGACCUUGGGGCUUUCAGCAUGCGCGCUAUCCAAAUGAGCUGGAUCGGAUAUUGCCUACCUUGUCUUCUAUUGACCUACAUCGGACAAGCGGCAUACAUAGUGGACCACCCAGUUGCAGCUCAGAAUCCAGUUUUCGCCACGGUUCCAGGCGGUCGAGGUAUGUAUCAAAUCCUGUGAAACGAUGUAAACUGGAUCAACUGAAGUAUUGUAGGCUCAAGGAUCUUCACACUCAUUCUUGCCAUCCUCGCAGCAAUCGUUGCCUCCCAGGCUAUCAUCACGGCGACAUUCCAGCUACUAGCCCAAAUCGUCAAGCUUUCAUACUUCCCUCAAAUUGAGGUGAAGCAUACCUCGAAGAAGUAUCACAACCAGCUCUACGUCCCGCUGGUGAACUACCUGCUCUGCAUCGGGACAGUCGUUGUCACCGCCGUCUUCCGUAACACGACUUCACUAGGCCAAGCUUACGGCGUUUGUGUCAUCUUUGUCACCUUCUUCGAUACCCAGAUGACGACUUUGGUGUCGCUCCUGGUCUGGAAAUUUCCAUGGUGGUCGACGAUUGUCCCGUGGCUCGCGUUCUCUGCCCUGGACGGAGCUUUCCUCUCAUCUGCCUUGACCAAGGUCCCCGAUGGAGCUUGGUUCACCCUUACGCUGGCCUCGGUCCUCGCUGCUAUCUUCAUAAUAUGGCGCUUCGGCAAAGAGCAACAGUGGUCAGCGGAGAGAAAGGAUAGCCGACCUCUCUCCAGCUACGUUAAGCGAGGAGAUAACAAUGAGUUCGUCUUGGUCGGCUCUGAUGACAAUGCUCCUGGAGAGGAGCUCUCAAUCAUCCACGGCGCCGGCAUCUUCUUCGACAAGACGGGUGACAUGACGCCCAUGGUUGUCAGCCAAUUCCUGAACAAGCUUGCUUCCGCCUACGAGGUGACGGUCUUCUUCCAUCUUCGUGCCGUCGAGUAUCCCACGGUGGAUCCAGAGCAGCGAUUCAUCGUCCGGAAGCUCAAUAGCCUGCCUCACUGCUACCGCGUGGUUGCCCGCUACGGUUACAUGCAAGAUCUCGUCACCGACGAAUUGGCGCGCGUGGUCCAAGCCGAAAUCGAAACGACUCUUCCACAAGAUAGCGAGGAUCUCGCAGUGGUGCGGAAGGCUUUCGGCAAGCGUAUUCUCUACGUGGUUGGCAAGGAGGAAAUGGUCAUCGGCAAGAAGACCAGUUGGUUCCGCUAUCUGCUGGUGAAGACGUUCCUCUUCAUACGCGAGAACACCCGCAAGAAGAUGGACAAUCUGAAAGUCCCAUCGGAUAAGUUGAUGGAGACGGGUUUUAUCGUGGAGAUCUGA